UUUUUUUUUUUUACAUUCACAUCAAAUAUCUGAAAUCAUUAACCCAGUCCACAUUUUAAACUGGGCUGUGUGCAGACAGGAGUGGGGAUGGUGUGCAGUGCUCCACCACUGAGCAACCCUUAGAGCUCACAGAGGUACCCUUUGUCCAGGUCUGGCCACCAAACAAUGGGUAGGUGAGCGAGAGCCUGUGUAGGUGAGAAUGGGGACAGCAGGUCCCUGAGGACCACCCGCACCCAUUGCCAAGGAGCAGACACAGCUUGGAGGGUGAGGAAGUGGACACUCAACACUGAGGCUCUGGAGCCCACAGACCUGGGUUCUUGCUUGUGACAAGUGAGGUCUAAGGGAGUGGCUCAGGUUCCAAUUUCCUCCUAGCAGGUGCAUGCAGAGACCAAAGUGGGCAUUGGGGAGGACCAACUAUGACAAGACACAGGCUGUAGGCCAGAAGGGCCAAGAAGAGAAGCGGCAGCCUCCCACCAGAGUGAUGGCCUUUGAGCCAUCCCAGAUGCCCCUCCCAGAUGCCCCUCCCAGAUGCCCCUCCCAGAUGCCCCUCCCAGAUGCCCCUCCCUUCCAGGUUAAUUCUGUGGUGAUCACAAGCUCAGGUGGACUUUGGCUCCCUGCCUCAUCACAAGCUCACUCCUUCCCCAUGGUUAUCAAACACCUAGGUGCUCGCCAAGGAGACCUCUACCCAGGGGAGCCCAGGGGCUGCGAGGCAGCAAUAUAAACAGAUCUGGUGUCUCUCAUGGAUGCUGAGAUUUGAGACGAAGUUUCCCCAUGGCUUCUUUUCGCAUCCGCCAGUUCCAGGAGAGGGACUACAAACAGGUCGUGGAUGUGUUCUCCAGGGGCAUGGAGGAGCACAUACCCACUGCCUUCCGCCACUUGCUGACACUGCCCCGAACCCUCCUGCUCUUAGCUGUGGUGCCCCUUGCCAUAGUCCUGGUGUCUGGCUCCUGGUUCCUGGCUGUUGUAUGCAUUUUCUUUCUGUUCCUAUUCUUGUGGUUCCUCGCCAGCAAGCCCUGGAAGAAUUAUGUGUCCAAAUGUUUACACACAGACAUGGCUGACAUCACCAAGUCCUACCUGAGUGUCCGUGGCUCAGGUUUCUGGGUGGCUGAGUCUGGGGGGCAGGUGGUGGGUACAGUGGCUGCUCGGCCAGUCAAGGAUCCUCCGUUAGGGAGGAAGCAGCUGCAGCUCUUUCGCCUGUCUGUGUCCUCACAGCAUCGAGGACAGGGGAUAGCGAAAGCGCUGACCAGAACUGUCCUCCAGUUUGCAAGGGACCAGGGUUACAGUGAUGUUGUCCUUGUGACUGGCCUUUUGCAGCAAGGUGCUGUGACUCUCUACUACAGCAUGGGCUUCCAGAAGACAGGUGAAUCCUUCGUGGACAUACUCACAUGGCUUGUGGAUGUUUCUCUAAUUCAUUUCAUAUACCCACUCCCUUCUGCUCAAAAAUAUGAGUUGUGAUCUCUCUCAGUGUGUCUGUCAGCCUCUGGUUUACUAUGCUGUGGGAAUAAAUAACCCAGAGAUUGUGGUGGACAAAUCA